CAUUUAGUUCUAAAAGUGGGGAAUAUAAAAGAGCCCAGCUCUGAGCGAGAGAGAAGUAGGAGUAAAAGAGGUUUUCUUGUAGAGGAGGAAAUACCUUUCUUCGCUCAUCUGUAUAAUCUAGGGUUUUCACGACUUCAUCAAUAACUAUGGCGCCAGAUCCGAACAGCGCCGGCGGUAGUGGAAGCGCCUCACGGACUGAGUCCACCGUCAAGGCCCCAGCCAAAGACCUCAAAAAGGACGAGGAUUUGUCCGAUGAGGAUUUGGCUUUGAAGCAGCAGCUGGAGCUGUACGUUGAGAGGGUUCAGGAUUCUGAUCCAGGGUUGCAGAAAGUUGCUCUUGAGAGUAUGAGGCAGGAAAUUCGUACUUCAACAAGUUCAAUGACUUCUGUUCCAAAACCACUAAAGUUUCUUCGACCCCACUAUGGAACUCUAAAAGCUUAUUAUGAGCAAAUGGCAGGGUCAGAGUUGAAGAAAUAUCUAGCAGAUAUAUUAUCUGUAUUGGCCUUGACCAUGUCCGCUGAGGGAGAACGGGAAAGCCUGAAGUACAGAUUGCAGGGCUCAGAAGGUGAUAUUGGUUCAUGGGGCCACGAAUAUGUCAGGAAUUUGGCAGGAGAAAUUUCUCAAGAAUAUGCUAAGCGACAGACUGAUGAGGAAGCUAUUGAUGAUCUAAUGGAACUCGUACAGCAAAUUGUUGCCUUUCACAUGAAACACAAUGCUGAACCUGAAGCUGUUGACCUCUUAUUAGAGGUUGAAGACCUUGAUUUGUUAAUUGAGCAUGUUGACAAGACAAAUUUUAAAAGAACUUGCCUCUACCUCACUAGUUUGGCACGAUACGUACCUGGCCCAGAUGAUAUGCUGGUUUUGGAUAUUGCAUACACUAUAUAUCAAAAAUAUCAAGAAUAUACAAGUGCACUUCAAGUUGCUCUUUUCCUUGAUAAUUUGCAGUAUGUAAGGCAGCUAUUUGAGACCUGUCCUGAUCUACAACGAAAAAAGCAAUUCUGUUACAUCCUUGCUCGACAGGGUGUCCCGUUUGUGCUUGAUGAGGAGAUGAUUGCAGAUGAUGAGGAACGAGAGGCAUUGCAGGAUAUUAUCAACAAUGCAAAACUAAAUGAAGGCUAUCUAAAUCUUGCCCGAGAUAUUGAGGUUAUGGAAGCAAAAACCCCUGAGGAUAUUUACAAGGCACACUUACUUGAUGGCCGGGCAAGUGCUGGUGCUAGUGUCGAUUCAGCUAGACAGAAUUUGGCUGCAACAUUUGUUAAUGCUUUUGUAAAUGCCGGCUUUGGUCAGGAUAAAUUGAUGACAGUCCCAUCAGAUUCCUCAAGUGGCGGUUCUUCAGGAAACUGGCUUUUUAAGAAUAAAGAACAUGGAAAGACAAGCGCUGCAGCAAGUUUGGGUAUGAUUCUAUUAUGGGAUGUGGAUUCAGGACUUGCACAAAUUGACAAGUACUUCCACAGCAAUGAUAACCAUGUGAUCGCUGGUGCCUUGCUAGGAGUUGGGAUUGUUAAUUGUGGCAUCAAAAAUGAUUGUGAUCCUGCAUUGGCACUUCUAAGUGACUAUGUAGAUAAGGAGGAUCCUUCUAUUCGAAUUGGUGCAAUUAUGGGCUUAGGAAUUACCUAUGCUGGCACUCAGAAUGAGCAGCUACGAUACAAGUUGACUACCAUACUUAACGAUGCAAAAGCUCCACUUGAUGUGAUUGCAUUCACUGCAAUCUCAUUGGGCUUGAUAUACGUUGGUUCAUGCAAUGAAGAGGUUGCUCAGACAAUCAUAUUUGCAUUGAUGGACCGAAGUGAAUCAGAGUUUGGGGAGCCUCUUACUCGGUUAUUGCCUUUGAGUCUUGGUCUUCUAUAUCUUGGAAAGCAGGAUAGUGUGGAGGCUACUGCUGAAGUUUCAAAGACAUUCCAUGAGAAAAUCAGAAAAUAUUGUGAUAUGGUUCUGCUUUCUUGUGCUUAUGCAGGAACAGGGAAUGUUUUGAAGGUUCAACACCUUCUGAGUCAAUGUUCCGAACAUCUUGACAAAAGUGAAACCCACCAGGGACCUGCUGUACUUGGAAUCGCUAUGGUAUCAAUGGCAGAGGAAUUGGGUCUUGAAAUGGCAGUUCGCUCUUUAGAGCAUCUCUUACAGUAUGGAGAACAAAAUAUCCGCCGAGCGGUUCCUUUGGCACUUGGCCUCCUUUGCAUAUCAAACCCAAAGGUCAAUGUUAUGGACACAUUAAGCAGACUUAGCCAUGAUACAGAUUCAGAAGUAGCAAUGGCAGCAGUGAUCUCUCUAGGUUUGAUAGGUUCAGGGACAAACAAUGCCAGAAUAGCCGGCAUGCUUCGCAAUCUGUCGAGCUAUUACUACAAAGAUGCUAGCCUUCUGUUCUGUGUGCGUAUUGCUCAAGGUCUAGUGCAUCUGGGGAAGGGUUUAUUGACCCUGAAUCCAUUCCAUUCUGAUCGUUUUCUGCUAUCACCGACUGCGCUUGCUGGAAUCAUAACCAUGCUACAUGCAUGUCUUGAUAUGAAAGCCAUCAUCUUGGGGAAAUACCAUUAUGUUCUUUACUUCCUUGUUUUAGCAAUGCAGCCGAGAAUGUUGAUGACUGUGGAUGAGGAUCUGAAACCAUUGUCUGUACCUGUUCGAGUGGGCCAAGCUGUUGAUGUUGUUGGACAGGCUGGUCGUCCUAAAACGAUAACUGGUUUCCAGACCCACUCUACACCAGUUCUUCUGGCUGCUGGUGACAGAGCAGAGUUGGCUACCGAAAAGUACAUUCCUCUAUCUCCCAUCCUUGAAGGGUUUGUCAUCUUGAAAGAAAACCCAGACUACCAAGAAGAUCACUAGUGUUUCCAACCAUGACAUGAGCCAGGGAUGGGUUACGUCUCUCCACGCUUCUGUAGGCCAUAUCGACACCAACCUUUGUGUGUUGAAAGUUGUCUUGAUGCAAGGGGGCCCCAAUGUACUUUUUUCUUUCUCCAAUUGGGCCCCCAAAAGAAGCCAGAAAAUUAAUGGAAUUAGAUUAUGGUUUAAUUUUUGAAUUCUGGAACAGGAAAGAAUGCGGGUGGACCCUUCUUCCAUGCUAAAAUUUAUUAGUUUGCUGCAAGGGAGCAUCUUUUUUUUUUUUUUUGUCACUUUGUUAUACUGUAAUAUGGCUACUAAGUUAGGUGGUACUUGCAAAUGAAUCAUCACAGUGAGAUAAUAUAUUAGUUUCGAAUUAGUCCACCAUGAAAUUGGCUUCAUGAGAUGCUUCAGGAACCUUUAUUGUCUGAAAAGCCGCAAAUGGGUAAUGAUUUUUGCUCGUA